GGACACUCCCCACUUCUAGGCAAACGUCAAAAUCAACGCUGGUGUGUGGUCGACGGUUGUUCAUAUUAGUGAAACCAUUUAUCCCGCGAUAUUUCGUAAGCUGGUACCAAUACAAAAACAGUGGAAAAUUGAAUAACGUGUGUGUUCAGUGAUAAAUAAUACAAAAUGGCUACCAACACAGAUAUUUCAUCGAAAUUGGAGAACAGCAGGAACAGCUUGCGAAAAAUCGCCAGACAUGAUAACACCGAGUUCUCCACGCAGAGCAUCCUCAAUGACAUGGAGAAGUUUGUCAAAAUGGUGAAUGCCAUGGAUGAAACUGUACUUGUCCCAAGUCGGCUCAUGAACUUGCCCCAAGAAGGUGAUGACGAUCCAUUCAGUCUUUUCUCUAUGCUGAAUGCCUUAAAGACUGAACUUCUAUGGGCAGGGGAUGUUGAAGAACAUGUUGAAAGGGGUAGAAGGGUUUCAGAUAUGAGUGACACAGAUAGUGAUGCAUCAAGUGCAGCAGGGGAUUCUGGUAUUGACGGCGAAGAUGACAUAGAAUCAGCCGCUCGCGCUGCUGCUAGCUGUAGGAACCACCUCCGUGGUCUACGCCGCUGUCUUCGUCACCUCACCGCCACCGCCGCUCAUCUCACGAGGUCGUAUCAAGAAGAAGUUGGAGCACCCGUGUAAACAUUGCCUGUGAUUUAGUUAUUCUGCGCGUAUGUAUAUAUAGGUUAACGGGCCCGCUUUGUAAAUAUAGGCUAUAGGGCUGGACAUGUGCAAAUCUCACUUACAUAUAUGGUUAUUUAAAUAAAAUUCAAUUCAGUAAUU